GAAAUCGUGCCCCCUCUUGGUGAUAAAACGUUUUUCUCAUUAACAGUAAAUACCAGGCUACUUUGCACUUACGCUUCAUUUGGAAAGCUGAUUAUUUGUAAGAGUGUUUGCCCUUUUUUCGUAGAGUAAGAUGGUUGCUCAGGAAGCUUAUAUUCAGUAGCAAGGUUGUGUGUGUCUGUGUAUGAACCUGUGAGUUGAACCGUGCUUUAAAAAGUGUGUCUGUGAGUGUGUGCUGGAGGGGGGAGGGGGUUGUUAUGGAAACGAAAAGGCGGAGCAGUGAGUCUUUUUUUAGAGGGCCAGUUUGUUUGUAAGUGGAGGCCAUGUGACGUUAGGGAAUGGGGUACUUCCUGUUUUACUUCAGUCAGACGUGCACUGCACUGCUUGUUGUCAGUUACAACAAAAUGGCUGCUGGAGCACUGCGUAAGAGAAUCCACUAAAUGCUUCAUGACAACAAUUCAACGAACAACAUUUUUCAUGGAUAUCUGGGAAUUUCUUUAGUCUUCAUGCAUUGGACAUUGCAAGCAAUUGCUGUACUGGAUGCAUUUUCAAAGUGAUCGCUUUGCAUACUGAUAAAAAAAAAAAAAAAAAAAAAUCCUUUUUGCACUUUAAAACCGUGCAUCGACUUUCUCGAUGUGAAUACGUCAAAAAGCUCAAUCUGCCUGUUACUGUGUAGCUAGUUGGAUAGCUACAGAGGCGAUGCCGAAAUGCUUUAGCUGGCUAAUAUUUAUGGCUUGCUGAAAUAAACAGCGGUUAGUCGAUCGUCGGAGCAUUCCCUCUGUUUGCACUGGUGUUUUGUUGUUUUAGUGUCCUGAGCGAGGGAUAAAAAUAAACCUACAUAUUUGGAAGCGGAUUCCUUUACUGGAGAGCAAAGCAACGGUCAACAUUGUCUUUUCAAAGCGGUGCGACCCUUACAGUGAGAAAUUCAUUGCACUGCAUUCAAGCGACCGAAUUGAUCUGUCAUUACGGGUAUCAAAAGCAGAGCUUCUUUUUUCUUCAGUGCGAUGAAUGCAUCAAAUUGAACCUUUAGCUGCCACAGCUCAACGCCCAAUAUAAGCCAAGAGCAGAAGCAGGGAACACGAAUAGAGAACCAUUUGAUGGAAGAAAAGAAAAAGAAAAAGCAAGAAGAAAAGAAAAAGAAGGACGCCGCUCAGAAAAAGGCUGCUGAACAGAAAACCAAAGUGCCAGAGUCUGCCAAGCCCGGCCCUGCCCCUCUCCCCCCCACCAGCCCUCCCGGGCCCCCCAGCAGCGGCAGCAGUGGCAAUGGCAAGCGUGCUCCUUCCUCAUCCUCCUCCUCCUCCUCCUCCUCCUGCACCUCUAGCGCUCCCCAGACGCAGCAGCAGCAGCAGACGGCAGGUCCGCGUUACCCGCCCCGUGAGGUGCCCCCGCGUUUCCGACAGCACGAGCACAAGCAGCUUCUGAAGAGGGGCCAGCCUCUGCCCCCCGGCACCCUGCCUCUAGCCCAGGCACCGGCUCCGCCACCUGCCCAGCAGCCCUCCUCGGCCCCCGGCUCGGCCUGCUCCACCUCACCCAACCCCGUGCAGACACCAGCAGCCUCCAGCAAAGCCCAGCCAGAGCUCCCUCCACAGACUGCUCAGGGGGCCCAGUAUGAGAAUCCCCAUUGGGGACACCUUCACACCAAUCGCAGUGCCACUGCCACCAACAACACCCUCAAUCCCAGCAGCAGCAGUGGAGGAGGAGGAGGAGGAGGAGGAGGAGGAAGCGGCUGGGAUCAACUAACUAUCAACAAGAGUGACGCAGAGGUGUGGCCUUCAAUUUCCCACCGUGAGAGCCACCCCUCCGCAGGAUGCCCCGCCUCUUCUGACUGUGUUUCCGAGAGCAGCAGCGGCGGCGGCAGCAGCAGCACAAGCAUGGCCUCUGGGCCCGCCCACACGGGCCACUUCUCAGUCAAUCACCCCAUCGGCAAAGCCGGCACCUGCCACUCAGGUGGAGCGCUCUCUGGCCAGGGCGGAGCCAACCGGGGCUGGGGCACCAACCCCAACCAAGGACCCUGCUCUGAAGGGAAGGGCGACGGCGGCAUGCCAAUUGGAGGGAGGGCCCAGCCCUGGGGCUCCUCCGGCUUUAACUUGAACCUGAACCCCAGCGCCAACCCCUCAGCCUGGCCCGUCCUGGGCCACGAGGGGCCUGGCCCGGGGGAUGGCAGCUCUGGAGGAGAAGGCACUAACCCGUCUCCUGUCCACAACCUCUGCAGCCCCUCAUGUGUGACCCCCAAUCAGGGUGCAAGCGGGAACCCUGCCUCGGGAUCCAGCGCCUGGGGCAGCAUGAUGCCCUCUGAGGCCCCGGAGUCGCACCACCACUCCCCGUCCACGAAUGUGUCUUUCAGCUCCUCAGAACCUCAGAACCUUAACACUGACGGACCAAAUCACACUAAGCAGCUGGAGGCUCCCAGCCCCAUCCAUGGCCUGCCCGCAUGGGGCACCGGCUCCGUUGGCCAGCCUCAAUCUGGCGGAGCCUCCCAGAUCAACGGAGAAGACGGCUCCGUCUGGGGUAAUGGACACUCCAAAUCAGCCUCUUCUAAGGACUCUGGAUGGGAUUCUGGAGCUGGCUGGGGUCAUGGAAGAAGCUCGACAACCAGUGGUGCCACAGGUGGCUGGGGGCAACCCUCGAGCGGAGACUGGGGCAAGCCCCCCGCCGAGGCCAAAGGCUGGGAGGUCAGUUCUCCAUCGCAGGAGCAACUGAGUGGUUGGGGCCAAGGGGGGACUACGCCGGCCAGCGAGGGUAGCGUUGAGAGCCAGGAGAUGCAGCUUUCUCACAGGGAUCACUUGUCAAGGAAAGAGCCUGUCCCAGUGGUGCCUGCCCAGGACAUGGACCCAAGGGUGCUGUGUAACACGGGCUGGGGACAGACUCCAGUUCGGCAGCACACAGCCUGGGGGACAGAAGAGGCAGCACGUGCCAGGAACAAGAACGAUUCUGGCGCUGAUGUUUGGGGCACAUCCUCAUCCAGCAUUCCUUCUACUGGCCCCCAACCAAACGCCAAUCCUAGUCCUCCAUCCAUACCAGAGUCAGCAGGGAAGAGCCAUGACUCCUGCCCCAGCACUGCAGCUAACUCUGGCUGGGGAACCAUCCAGCCUGCCCCCAACCAGCCCGGAGGCUCUGGAUGGGGAGAGCCCCCCACCAACAAGAAACCCACCAACGGCCCCAGUGGAGGCUGGGGCAACCCACCUUCGCAGGCAGGAGGCCCUGGGUCCAGCCUGCCCAAGAAUGGGCAAUCCUGGGGCACAGAUGAGAAGUCUCCCAGCUGGGACAACCACAACAGCAAGGCCAAACCCCAGGGCUGGGGCGACGGGCCCAAAGCCCCCCACAACUGGGGCAAAGGAGGGGACGGAGGCUCCGGGGGAGACUGGGGAGACCCUGGGGACAGCAAGAAGUGCAGCCCGACCAACUCAGCUUGGGAAGGAGAAAGAGGAGGCUGGAAGGAGAGUGGUCAUAACUGGGGAGGAAAGCCUGCCCCAGUGGCAAGUGGAGGACCAGGCAUGGUUGGAGGAGGAGGAGGAGGAGGAGGAGGAGGAGGAGGCGGCGGCUGGGGUGAACCACAGCGCUCAAGCGGCCCUACCCAAAGCUGGGGCAGUAAGCCUCAGGAAGGAAGCAACGGCAGCACCAGCGUAGGAGGUGGAGGAGCACGCUUGGGCUCAUGGGGCGGCCCCCCCUCUGUGAAGCAGUCUGGCUCAGGUUGGGCUGGAGGUGGUGGUGGUGGUGGAGGAGGUGGUGGUGGUGGUGGAGGAGGUGGUGGUGCUGGUGGUGGAGGUGGUGGAGGUGGUGGAGGUGGAGGGGGUGGUGGCAAUGGGGGAGGCAUGAAGCAGGGACGCUCUGGGGAGUCCACUGGCUGGGAGGAGCCCUCCCCACCUUCCAUCCGGCGCAAGAUGGAGAUUGACGACGGUACCUCAGCUUGGGGAGACCCGAGCACUCACAACAAGACGGUCAACCUCUGGGACAAGAACAAUCCUGGGGCACAGGGCAAGCCUGGCCCCACAGGGGGCAACAGUGGCAGCAGCAGUAGCAGCAGCAGCAGCAGCAGCGGCAGUGGCAACAACAACAACCCCUCCACUGGCAGCACCCACCUCCUCCACAACCCCCACCACGGCCCACCUCCCAUAUCUAACCUGAGCCACAACCAUAACCACAGCCACAGCCACAACCACAGCCACGGCCACAGCCAUGGCCCGGGCAAUAAUAACAACAGCGGCAGCUCACCCGAUGGUGGUGGUGGCCCUCACCAACCCGGACCAGCGCACAGCAGAGCACCUCUCAUGACUCCAGGCUGGGGGGAGAUGUCCAACGUCCAUUCUAAACCUGAGCCUUCCUGGGGGGAGACGGCGCCCCCUCCAGUCUCGGUGGACAAUGGCACCUCAGCCUGGGGCAAGCCCACGGGGAGCUGUGGAGGCUGGGGGGACAAUGGCCCCGAGGUCUACAGCCGGGGCAACCCACCCCCCGGACCAGCACCCUGCAAGCCAGCCCCUAAAUCUAUGCAAGACGGCUGGGGUGGUGGAGGGGAGGAGCUGGGCAUGUCUGCGAACCAAUGGGAGUCCGAGGAAGGGGACAUGUGGAACAACAGCGCCAACCAGGAGAGCAACUCCUGCAACUCCUGGGGCAACGCACCCAAGAAGGGACCACCGAAGGCGAGGGUUCCCAGCAAGCCAGACGAGACCUGGAUCAUGAAUCGCCUCAUCAAACAGCUGACUGACAUGGGCUUCCCGAGAGACCCUGCGGAGGAGGCUCUGAAAAGCAACAACAUGAAUCUGGAUCAGGCCAUGAGCGCCCUGCUGGAGAAGAAGACUGAACUGGACAAGCGGGGGAUGGGGAUCUCUGACUACAACAACGGCCUCGUCACCAAACAGAUGGGCUGCAGGCCUCCGCUCAUCUCCAAAGACUCCUCAGAUCGCAGCCCCCUCUGUGACAAGGAUGGCGGCCUGGUGGAAGACACCCAGACCUCACCGUUUCUGCCUUCUCCCAGCCUGAAGCUCCCGCUGGCCAGCCCCGCCAUCCCCAGCCAGGCCCUGGGGGUCGCCAUGCAAAACUUGAACAACAGACAGAUGCAGAGUGGAAUGUUUGUGAGUAGUGGAGUAGCUCAAGCAGCACGGGCCAUGCAGCAGCAGCAGCAGCAGCAGCAGCAGCAGCCUCCUCCUCCUCAGCCGUCAGUGCCGCCUCUCAGCUCCUCCCAGCCUAGUCUACGCGCUCAAGUGCCUCAGUUUCUCUCCCCUCAGGUUCAAGCACAGCUCUUACAGUUUGCAGCAAAAAACAUUGGACUCAACCCUGCACUUUUAACCUCACCAAUAAACCCUCAACAUAUGACCCUGUUGAACCAACUGUACCAGCUGCAGCUGGCAUACCAACGUUUACAGAUACAGCAGCAGAUGUUGCAGGCACAGCGCAAUGUUUCCGGCCCCAUCAGACAGCAAGAGCAACAAGUUGCACGUACAAUCAAUAACAUGCAGCAGCAGAUUCAGCAGCACCAGAGGCAGCUGGCCCAGGCUCUGGUCAUGAAGCAGCAGCAGCAUCAGCCCCCCCAUCCACCCCAGCCUCCCCUGCACCCUGGCCUGCACCCCAGCUCCGGCAAAUCAGCCCUGGACAACUACCCAGGCCAGCCCCAGGCUCCAGGCCUCUCUGACCUGCAGACCAAAGAGACCCAGUCUUCAGUCAACUCCUACAGCCCUUACUCACUCCCAGCCGGACUGAACCCCAACAUGAAUGUAGAGUGCAUGGAGAUGGGAGGCCUGUCCCUGAAGGAGCCGCCGCAGCCCCAGUCCCGCCUGUCACAGUGGACGCACCCCAACUCCAUGGACAGCCUCUCGGGGGGCUCCUCGCCCACGGACACCAGCCUCAGCAAACACGGUGCCAUAACUGCUGUCUCCAGUCUGGGUCACCCGGGGAAGCCUCCUCUGGACGACUCGUACAGCCCCUACAAUCUCAUGCCCGGCUCAGACUCGCCCACCAGCCCUCUGGUGCAACACGAGAGCUGGGCGCCAGGCAAGAGUGCUAGCGACAAGAUCUCCAAUGGGACCGGUGUCAGCUGGCCUCCUGAAUUCUGCCCUGGUGUGCCAUGGAAAGGACUGCAAAACAUUGACCCCGAGAAUGACCCCAACAUGACCCCAGGAAGUGUUCCCAGUGGACCCACCAUCAACACCAACAUCCACGACGUCAACCGCUACCUGCUCAGAGACCGGAGUGGAGGUAGGAGAGGAGAGAGCGAGAGCAAGCUGUCAGACAUGAAGUCCACCUGGUCUCCAGGGCCCAUCUCGCACCCUCAGCCCUCUCUGUCCCACGAGCUCUGGAAGGUUCCACAGGGCCCGCGGAGCACCGGUGUUGCCCCAACACGCCCCCCGCCAGGCCUCACCAGCCACAGCAAGCCCUCGUCCACCUGGGGGGGCAACUCCCUGGGCCUGGCUGCCCCUGGAUGGGGCACCUCGUACUCCUCAGGUACGCCACGAGGCACCACCUGGAGCACUGACAGCUCCAGUAGAACCAGCAGCUGGCUGGUGCUGAGGAACCUCACGCCUCAGAUUGACGGCUCCACCCUGCGAACGCUGUGCAUGCAGCACGGGCCGCUCCUCACCUUCCACCUGAACCUGACGCAGGGGAACGCCGUGGUGCGCUACAGCUCCAAAGAGGAGGCCGCAAAAGCCCAGAAGUCCCUGCACAUGUGUGUGCUGGGUAACACCACCAUUCUGGCGGAGUUUGCCGGCGAGGAGGAGGUGAACCGCUUCUUUGCACAGGGCCAGACGCACACGCCCACCACCAGCUGGCAGGCCAACCAGCCCUCGGCCAAUCAGACACGCAUGGGCAUGGCCAGCUCCUCCCACAGCGGCAUGUGCCACUGGACCAGCGGCAGUCUGGGAGGAGGAGGAGGAGGCGCAGGGACUGCUGGGAAGAUGGGGGGAGAGCUGCUGUGGGGGGGUGUGCCACAUUACUCCAGCCUGUGGGGGCCCCCCGGGGGGGAGGACGGGAGGGUGGUGGGUAGUCCCACCCAGAUCAACACGCUGCUUCCUGGAGACCUGCUGAGUGGAGAGUCCAUGUAAGGGAACGGAGGGACAGACAGACGGACGGACAAGGAGCCCAAGGCUGCCUGCCACCUUCCUCAGUCCUGCUCCACCCAACCCCACCCUACCCAACCCUACCCACACCACACCACUGCCCUUUGGGAAUACCGUUUGUGGAGGCGAAGGGUAGUAUCUUUGAAGUUACAUAUGAAAAAGAAUAAGACAAAUAAAUAAACCAUUACAUACAGGAGCAAAAACCAAGCAAAUGUUGUGGUGAUAAUCAGCGUCAGUGGAACGGUAAGACGGGCGACAGGAGGCGGAGGCAAUACAUGUUGUAGAGGCUGCUGACAUUUGUUCUACUUCUUUUGACUUUUCAGUUCUUGUUUUGUCAUUUCAUUGGAUUCCUGUUUGGGUUUUCUUGUGACUUUUUUUUAUUUUGGUAUGUUUUUGGUCCCAGUGUUCUAUUAGACUUUGAGAAACCAGUUACAGAUACAAAGGAAAGGAGAAACUUUUUAACAGACUGAAACUCUUUCUGGGGAGUUGAGUACUGCAACGUGGGUGUGUAUGGUUUUUGUGUGUUAUAAUGUAUAUUUUUGACUACAACUGAUAACAAGAGCUGCCAUUUUGAGAAAUGAAACCAGAAGUCUCCCCCACCUCCUAAAAAGAAACACACACACACACACACACACUCACACACACACUUCCGCCCUCUUUCCUUCACCCUCUCUGGCCCUGACCCGCUACGUAAAGCAUCAUUCCAAACCCAACCAAGCCGCGGAACCAGAUUCAGCACCUUCUCGGACCUGUCCCCACUGGUUUGGCGCUUCCGUCUCGCAGCACUUAAACUAGCCUUAACUGUCCCCUAUCCACCCCUACCCCCACCCCUCCCCAGUGGACCUGCCAGUGACGAAUGAUGAUCAAUGGGGGUGAGGAGGGGUACGUGACGCUACCAGAGAUGGGCCAAACCUCAUCAGCAGAGCAAGGGGAAAGUCCCCCCUCCCCCGUGACCUGACCUUGGGCCCAGGGUGGGUCCCUCACACACAUCCACCCUGAUCCCCCGCCAGCCUUACUGGGGGUGAUGGCUGUCCUUAUCACAAUAGUCUGGCAGUGGGUCUGAGUGUUCAGGGGCCAAGGGUGUGUGUGCGGGUGUGUGUGUGUGUGUGUGUGUGAGGGAGAGAGAGAGAUAUGAUCAACCACUGCUCCAUAUUACUUUCAGGAACGCUUUGAUUUCUCUGAUGCUGCACAGCUGUUCUGUUCUGUUUUGUUUUGUUUCAUUUUGUUGAUGAAGUGGACUACUGCAAACGACUCCGAUUUAGUUGCUUCUAUUCCUGCCAACCCAUCAACUUCAAAAGGAUGACUGGAGCGUCUCUGGGAGGCCGACCUUCCUCGGCAACCACAGCCUCCUCCGUCCAUCGAUGCACCACUGGAACACCGCUAAUGCCAGUCCGUUUCCAGGAGAACCAGGACCAGCACGGCAUCACCCCAACCCAACCCAACCCAACAUCAACCUAAGCCUUGUCCUUCUCUACCCUGAAGGUCAGCUCACUGGUUCCAGAUUCUGGUGGAUGGAAUAAACUAAGCACUUCAACCACACUGACGUCCUUAACCCCCCCCCAUCACGAUCCAGUCAUGCUCACCCAGCAGAGACUUCACACAGGCCCCCUGAGGGCUUCAUACCAAAUAAGAGGGGGUGAUCAUCCCCCUUUUGCUGACUAGACAAGGUGCAUUUUUUUUUUUCAUUAUUCCCAUCACGCUUAUUUGUUUUGGGCAUACCAGGUACAAAACAAAAUGUACGCUAACAAAAGACAGAAGGAGGGGAAGGAGGUUGUACCUAUAGCACUUAGUGUUGAGAGCCAAGCUCUACUGUCAAAUGCCAACUAAAUCAGUGGAGAGGCAAACACUGAAAAAGGAAUGAAAAAAAAAAAGCAAUCGAGCUGCCUCUCCACAUCCUCUUUGAGGCUGGUCGAGGACUUUUAAAAAAAGGGGGCAGAAAAACUCCCCUUUUCUAUUUUUGCUUUUUGUCCUUUCUUGGUCUCAGACCACAAAAGCACGAAGGUGUUUUUUUUUGUUUUUUCAGACAAAAAAACCCUAGCAAAACAAGGAGAAGAUAAAAAAACAAAGACUGAAAAAAAUAUGAGUGAUGUUCAGACAGGUGAUUUACUUUGAGUUGUUUUGGUCUUUUGAAAUUAUCAAAGUUUAAAAUAUAUAUUAUAUGUAUAUUUAUAUAUAUAUUAAACUUUGAUAAAUAUAUAUAUCACUGUUGGAGUGCUCUGCAGUCUGGGAAAGCCUUUUCUAAGGACGUGGGCUCUCUGCCAAGCCUGUAUGACGAGAGUGGCCAUCGAGUGCCUAUCUGCUGUGGAGCCCGCGGCCAGCCACGCCGGACUCUGCCACUCUGCUCUCUGCUAGCGCGCCCUCACCCACCACACCCUCCAACAGCCAUCCAGUCUGGACCUCUGCAACACACACACACACACACACACAAACACACUGGUCGGGGUCAGUCCUCAAACCUGGCAGAGAGCAGCUCUCUAAGAACUGGCCAAUCAGGUACUACUGUGCCAGCACUCGACCUCAGCUCAAAGACUUGACUCGUACAUUUACUCGCUCUUCUCAUGCAAAGAUCACUUUAGCUGGAGGUGGACAGAUCUGGAGUGGUUUAUGUUUUGUUUUUUUGUCUCACUUCUUUGUCCUUUAAAUAAUCGCCAGUGUUUUUUUUUUUUUUUUUUUCGUGGGUCAAGAUUGCUGUUAUUCUUCUCAUGGAUUUUGAGAAAUCGAUCUCUGUUUCCUUGUCGGUAUCUUUGUGUGUUGGACCGAUUGUGUAUGCGUGCUUUGUCCAUGCAGUGGUCUUCAAAGUAGCUGCUCACCAGCCCCUCUCCCUGGCUUCUUGCUGUGUCUACACACACACACACACACACACACACACACACACACACACACACACACACACACACAGAAACACUUUGGCGAGAGAUGCAACCGCAGUACUGCGCAACUGCUAACCUUAACCCACAGAAUCAAUACUACAUAUUUGAACGUUGUCUCAUUUUUGUGACACUUUUUUUUUUUUCUUCUCCUCACUGAUUGACAGAGAUUCUUGGAGCAGACCCUGGUAAAAUGUGGAAGGUUUUUGUGUGUGUUUGUUUGUUUGUUUAGAUCAGCUUUGUUCUGUUUUUGUUUGUUUGUUUGUUUUUGAAAGGUGACUGAUGGUAGUGGUGAUGAGGAGUGGCCCUCAGCCUGUCGCCUCACUCCUCUCCUCCUGUGGUGCUUUCUCUCACCACGCCCACACUGGUAGUCCGUGUGAGUGAGUAGACAUGGCUCAUGACCGUUAUCCACACUUCACUCCACCCAACCCCACCCCAACCACGACCAACCACCAGUGCUUUUCUCCUGUUAUGAAAUUAAAACACGUCAUUCGCACAACUGCAGCACUUACUUCUAUGCAAAGGCCGAGAGGUGAAUGUUCUAUGUUCAAGCCUAAUCUUAAUCCUAAUCCAAACAACUGGCUCAGAAGCCAAGCAAGUAGCUCAUUCCUUAAUCCACAGAUGCCCUCAGUACGAUCAAAAUUCCCAUCCUGCAAUGCGCAGACUCAGUGAAGAAGUAAAUCGUUUUAGGUGUGACUUCCUGUGUUUUUACCCACACUGUGUGUUGUGGCUUUCGUGGGCCCCCAGAGCACACCAACAGUCUAACCUGUGGUGGAAACGGUCGUUAAGGCUAUGGAAACAUCUAGAAGCACAGCAGCGCAAGAAUGAAGCAGGAAAGCCAUCAGAACCGCUCGCCUCCUUGAGGUCUUAAGAGAUCUAUGGCAGAGCCAGAGAGUAUGGGCCCAAAAUGCCACUGUCUGCUGUCCUACUGGAUGAGGUGGGCCAGUGAGUGGAGGAGAGGCAGUGCGUCGGGGUGACGGGCUGUGGACAGCCCACAGGCGAGGAGCGAUUGGUCCCAGUUAUCAAAGUCCCUGGGACCAGCCAAACUAAACAGGGAUUCCAGAAUGCUGAGGUGCACUGUAGAUGCUCACGUCGGGUACAUCUUUCUUUAAACCAAAAAGGAGUUUCUCGCUCUCUUUCUUUUUUUCUUUUUUUUAAUGUUAGCACUUUUUAUGUCUACUGUCAACAAGUGUUUUAGCAUGUGUUAAGUCUCAGUGCUAGCUGAAGUGGUUCUCUCCAAAGGGCCUUCGUUUACCCCCACAGAGCAACUAGCACAGAAGGGUCAAUGGUGCUCAGAUGCGUUACACAAUGUUACAUUUCCACGGAGCAGGAAGACAUCUCAGUCGGUCUUAAAAAGAAGGAGGAAGAACUAUGUUGUUUCCUUUUUUUUUUUCAUUGAUAUUAACUCAUGAGUGACAUUAGCAACAAUCACUAUUGCCUCUUCUCUAAAACUGCCUUGAUUCUAGACUGAACACGAGGCCUCAGACUGUCCAUGAAAAGGUUUUUGCGGUGGUGGUGGUGGGGGCAAUAUUUCAGGCACCCUGAAUUCCAAACUGCUGCACCAGCACUGAGAGGCACCAUCCUCUCCUUCCUCUCUUCCUUUCUCUCCUUCCUCUCUGCAGCUAGCCGAACACAAAUGGCCAACCAGCUACCAUUGUCCGCAUGGAAUCAUAGACUCCCACCCAGCCACCCCUUCUUUUUUUCCCCCAGUGGCACAGACUCCAGUAGCUGGAGAAACGCCUGCUUCUCAAUCACAUGUGGAGCGGGGGUGGAGGGAGGCCAGUCAGUCCUGUGCCUCUGCCUCCGCCUUCACAGGGGCCAAUAUGCACACACUGGCUUAUAUACAUAAAUCUCUUAAAUGUAUGGGAGCAUGGGACACAAGGUUUGUCUUCUUACAGGAAUCUUCUUCCAAGGCCCCCCCCCCCCUGUUUUAAUCACCCGUUCUCCAACUCUUUGUCCCAGUCUACAUUUCCCCCCCCAAAAAAAAUAAGUCAGAAGAUCUCAAACAUAUCAAUAUGAUACAAAUUAUAGAAAAUAAUUACCAAUACUUGAAUGAAAAAGAAGCGCCAAUAAUUAAAUGUGAAAUCUUUUUGUAAUAGUUUUGUCUCAUUCAUACACUUCCAAGUUUUUUGAUAUCGGUUCAAAAUGACAAAAGAACUUUUAUGAAAAAAAAAGUGGCAAAAUGACAUCUGUUUAAUGUGAGUGUUUGCACAAGGUUGUGGGUACUGUAUGCAGGGUGAGCGUGAUCGUAUGCAUACAUGUAUGCAUGUGCGUUCCAAGAAAGGGGUUCAGACGCGUGCUUGCGAUUUACAGCGGGCUCCCGCUUAUUUUUUUUUAUUCAGUGUCUCGUAGUUUUUAGGGUUUCCUUCAUUUUUGCGCUCAUGAAAAACAAAAUCUCUAUAUUCUGAUGUAUAUUGUUGUUGUUAUUAGCUUCUAGCGUUGCACUGACUGUCGGCUGACCCUCGUUCAGCUAAUUGUACACCAUGAAAUGACAAACAUACUGAGGGGAGGCGGUGACAAUUCACGUGUAAAUGUUUACUCGAGGUCUUCACAAGAUACAAAAAACAAGUGUGUUUUUCUCUUUGUUAUUAUUAAAUAUGUACUAUGUUAUAUCUACCUUUUAGUGGCUUUUAUUGUGGAAUAAUGUAAGAAACAUUUUUAAGGUCAGCAGUUAAUGAGUAUUGCACCAUUUUUUUCUCCAGAUUAUUAAAAGAAAAAUGUUGAAAACACAAAAAAAAGAUAAAAUGAUAAAAACUGUUUAAAAAAAAAAAAGACUUGAUGAACUGUGGCCAUAGAUGGACAUACAGAAGUAGAACUUGAGGCUCCUCCUCUCUAUCGCAGAGAAGGUCAAGAGGUCAACUGGAGGCGACUGCAGGACUCAUUUCAGAGGUGCCUACCUUUUGUAGUGUGUUUUCUAGCUUUAUUUUCAGAUGGUUCUUUCCAUUUUUUUCCCUCUUUUGUUGUCCAGUCAAAGUGUUCGUCAUGUUUCCCCCCCCCUCAUUUUGUCCUACUCUUUGCCAGGCCAUCCACAAUGCAUUUACAAGCAUUUUUUUUCUUGCUGAAGUUAAAUGAGAAGAAUUCUACAAAUGGGAUUGUCAGGUUGAAAACAAAGACUUUCAACAGCGACGUGGAUAAGAUGAAAAUAUGAAACGCGUAGACCAUAUGAAGAUUAUUUUGCUAAUUUUAUAAGCUCUGGGACUGAUCAGUGUUGUGUCUGUAUUUCAUGUAUGAAUUUGUGUGUUGUCAUUUCUUUUCUGACUGACAGAGCCUGUACAUGUCUGUGUAUGGUAUGUUUUGUUCAUGUUCUUUGUCAAACAAAGGCAUUGUUGCUCACCAUCUUGCACACUCAGAAGAAGUAGGAGAAGAAGAAGAAAAAAAAGUGGACAUCUCAGGAUGGCUAGGGAUCCCGAGCACCACCCCCAUGCCAUUUUAAUGUUCCUUUUUUUUGAGAACAAACGAAAAGGACGACAAAAAUUGUAAGCACUGAGGGUUAUGAAUUUCAGAAGCAGCAGCAGCAGAUAAAGUUAAUCGUCUCCGAAUAAAUCCGUAGCAGAUACAGUACAUAUUUACCAAAUAAUGAACUCUAAAAGAAAAAGAUGAGUGCUUUAUAUAUAUAUAUCUAAGAUAUCUAUAUAUGGGGGAAAAAAUUGCUUUACAUUUUAAAUGAUCAAGGAUUUUUUGAUUGUGAAAUGGAUGGCAAAAUGAACACACGAGUUUGCUGGAUGUUUGCCAUCUCUUGUAUUUUCAUACUAUGAGGUCCCCUCCUGUCAAAAGGCAGGAGUCUUGUGCAUUAUAAUGUCUGUCUGUCUGUCUGUUCUCCCACACCCUCCCUGUCAUGGCGGGUAUGAAGCGACUAAGGAGAGGAGAAACACUGAAGGGUGUCUGCAUCAACAUGGACUAUUGUUUGGAACGAGAGGACAUGAGAAGCUGGUUGUUAAGGAUCAUGAUCUAUGCACAAGUCGUUGGGGUAAGGGAGAGCGUCUUGGGCUUUCUCUAUUAGGGUGUUGCACUUCACCUCUGGAUCCUCUCCCGACCCCCUUCCAGAAUAAAUCCUUCUUUCAACAACCCCCCAAAUCCCUUUUUCUCCCUCUUUUCUCAAUCUUGUGUUUCAUCACCAUGCUAUGUAUUCCUACACCAAUGUACAUCUCAUUGGAACAGAACACUGGGUUUUUAAUGUAGCCCGUCUAAGAAAACAAAAAAAAACCGAUGAGUUUUAAGGGUAUCUGUGUACUUUUUCUUUCUUCUACAGGAAUCAUGGGUGGGGUUUAGGGCAAAAAAGGGUGGCUAUUUUCUGCUCUUUUUGUUUUAAAAUGUCAAGGAAAAUGUCUACUGAGAUUUUCAAAGGAUGAGGAGUCAGUGGCUUUUAACUGUUUUUAGUUCUUUCUUUCUCUCUGUCCUCCUAGAAUGUGAUUGUUGAUGACAUGCAGCAGAAAAAAAAAUGUUUUCUUGAACUAUCGAGCUUAUUACAAACAGUUAAUAAAUUGCAUUUUUUUCUUGGCCAAAAA